GCUUUGAACAUGCUCUCUGCGAAACUUGGCGACAACAAAUUUUUCUGCGGAAACAAACCGAGCUCUCUGGAUGCUCUUGUAUUCGGUUAUCUGGCGCCACUUCUGCGCUUACCUCUACCGAAUGAUAGGUUACAACUGCACUUGAGAGCAUGCCCAAACCUGGUACGCUUUGUGGAACAAGUUGCUUCAAUCUAUCUUCCUCCAUCCGAGGAGCAGCUGCGAAGGCAGAAAGCAGAACGAAAAAUGUGGGAGACUCGUUUACAGAAAGCUGAAAAAGCUAAAGAAGCAGAAAAGGCUGCCUCAGCGGAAGCCAAUCAGCCGCAGGAUGACUUGCCAUUGCGUGACACUAUCUUAUUUGGACUGGGAGCAAUCACUCUUUCUUUAUUAUUCGCUGUUCAUUCCGGCAUUAUUCAAGUUGUCGUUGAGGAGGAUGAACAAGCUAUUCCAGAGUGA